UCUCUAAUCCUUUCCUUCUUCUCUGUUUCUCUCUCUGAAUCUUCACUUCAUCCAUUUCCAAUACUUACUUGUAAAAACAACAUGGCUGUGGAUUCUGCACUCUCAUCCCCGCUGGGUCCACCUGCUUGCGAGAAGGAUGCUAAGGCGCUGCAAUUCAUCGAGGAAACCACUCGAAACGCCGAUGCCGUCCAGGAGAAGGUGUUGGCCGAGAUAUUGACUCGGAACGCCAACACUGAGUACCUGAAACGCUUCAAACUCGGCGGCGCCACCGAUCGCACCGCCUUCAAGUCCAAGCUGCCCGUCAUCACCUACGAGGACGUCCAGCCUGAAAUCCAGCGAAUUGCCAAUGGCGAUCGCUCUGCUAUCCUAUCUGCUCACCCAAUCUCCGAGUUCUUAACAAGCUCUGGAACUUCGGCUGGUGAAAGAAAACUCAUGCCUACAAUUAAGGAAGAGCAGGAUCGUCGGCAGCUUCUAUACAGCCUUCUCAUGCCAGUUAUGAACCUUUAUGUACCGGGUUUGGACAAAGGCAAGGGAUUAUACUUCUUGUUCGUCAAGUCCGAAACAAGGACUCCCGGUGGGCUCGUCGCCCGACCCGUUCUCACCAGCUACUACAAGAGUGACCAUUUCAAGACCCGACCCUUCGACCCCUACAAUGUCUACACCAGCCCCAAUGAAGCCAUCCUUUGCCCCGAUUCGUUCCAGAGCAUGUACACCCAGAUGCUCUGUGGCCUCAUAGAGCGCAACCAAGUCCUCCGUCUUGGAGCCGUCUUCGCCUCCGGUCUCCUCCGUGCAAUUCGGUUCCUGCAACUUCAUUGGUCUCAACUCUCCCACGACAUCCGAACGGGAACUUUGAACCCAAAAAUCACCGAUCCGGCCAUAAGAGAGUACAUGGCCACGGUGCUCAAACCCGACCAGGAAUUGGCCUGCUUUGUUUCCCAGGAAUGUUGCAAGGAAAAUUGGGAGGGGAUCAUCACAAGGAUUUGGCCAAACACGAAAUACCUAGACGUGAUCGUAACUGGCGCGAUGGCUCAGUAUAUCCCCACUCUCAAUUACUACGGCGGCGGCUUACCACUUGCUUGCACCAUGUACGCUUCGUCGGAGUGUUAUUUCGGACUCAAUCUCAACCCGAUGUGCAAGCCAUCUGAGGUCUCUUACACCAUAAUGCCAAACAUGGCCUACUUCGAAUUCAUGGAGCACGGAACCGGAGAAUCUCCUGCGAAACUCCUUGACCUUGUGGACGUCGAAGUUGGCAAAGAAUACGAACUCGUAAUCACAACCUAUGCCGGACUAUACAGGUACCGGGUGGGGGACAUUCUCCGGGUCACCGGGUUCCACAACUCCGCCCCGCAAUUCCACUUCGUAAGGAGGAAAAACGUGCUGCUCAGCAUUGACUCCGACAAGACCGAUGAGGCGGAGUUACAGAACGCCGUCGAGAACGCAUCCAGGCUGCUGGCGGAGUUCAACACCAGCGUGGUUGAAUACACAAGCUACGCCGACACGAAGACGAUACCGGGUCACUACGUGAUAUACUGGGAGCUCCUGAUGAAGGACCCGUCGAACCCGCCGAGCGAGGAGGUUCUGAACCGGUGCUGUUUGGAAAUGGAGGAAUCACUGAACUCGGUUUACAGACAGGGUCGGGUGGCGGAUAAUUCAAUCGGGCCUUUGGAAAUUCGGGUAGUACGAAACGGUACGUUUGAGGAACUGAUGGAUUACGCGAUCUCAAGAGGAGCGUCUAUCAACCAGUAUAAGGUGCCACGGUGUGUGAACUUCACUCCAAUCAUGGAGCUCUUAGAUUCGAGGGUGGUGUCGGCGCAUUUUAGCCCCUCCCUGCCACGUUGGACUCCAGAAAGGAGAAGGUGAUUUUUGGGAAGUGCAUGAGGAACAACACUGACCCAGUUUUAUUCGAUUUUAAUUUUUUUUUAUCAUAAAAGUCAAGGGUAGAUUUUUUUCCCCCAUUUUAAAAUAGGGCCUGUGGAAAGGUACAAGAUGAUGGGGUUAUGUAAGUUGGGUUCAAUUAACUUGUGACUUUUUCUAAUUAUGUGUAGUAGAGAGUGGAAUUGUUCAGUGUAUGAAAUGUUCCCUCCCUGUAAUGAUUAUGAAGGAAUGUAAUGGAACUCAAUAGUAGUUUCC